GCUAUUCAACAGGUGACCACAGUUUGGCUAUUUCUACUAAAGAAAGAAGAUGAAUAUACUUGAUCAUUUGAGUGUGGAACCAUCAUCUGCAGACCUGGUUAUUAAUAUAGGAAAAGUCACCCUUGGUGAAAAAAACAGGGAAAAGUUGGCAGCAUCUCAGAGGGAGCAAGAAAGAAAUAAAAUCGCCAUAGCUGCAUGUUCUUUGUUGAACUCUGGAGGAGGAGUGAUCUGCAUGGAAAUGGCUGACAAAUACUACUUUUCACAAAACAUGGAGAUGGGACAGGAUUUAGAAGAGUGCCUAGGGAACUUUGUUGAUCCUUUCCCUUUUCAAAAUUAUUUUUCAACGCUGUCACAAGGGGAAUAUUAUUUCAUUUUUGUUAAAUCUUGGGGCAAUAGAGAUUCUCCUGAGCAUAGCUCUACCAUACUCCGUAUUUGCAGUCAGAAUGUGAAUCUGUAUGAAAGAAGUGGCACUAGGACUUUAAAGAUGAGUCCAAGCACAGUUUCCAACUUUUUGAAAAAUAAAAAAAGAGAGAGAGAUAUGAAAAGAACAGAAAAUUCACCCCCUAAGAAAGUAUUAAAAGCUGUGAAUCUUGACCUUGAGGAGAAUAAUCCUAUUCUUCUAGUGUUCCAAAAAGACUCCCUUGAGAGAGAGGAAGUGUUACCAUUUUCUGAAUCGAUGUUUGUAGAGUUUAAACAGUUUUCAACCAAAAACAUGACCAAAUAUAUAAAAGAAAUAAUAUCAAAAUAUAUUCCAGCAUUUGCCAAUACAGAAGGAGGCUACCUCUUUAUUGGUGUGGAGGAUAAUACCUGGAAAGUUAAGGGAGGCUGCAAAGAAAUUGUAAAACCUGACGUCUUGAGAAAAGUAAUAGAAAAAAAGAUAGAUAACUUGCCUGUUGAACAUUUCUGCAGCCAUAGGCAUCCAAUAAAAUAUAAGAUCAAAUUUCUGGAAGUGUAUGACCAGGGAGAACUCUAUGGUUAUGUCCCUGUAGUUAGAGUAGAACCAUUUUGUUGUGUAGUAUUCUCAGAAGAGCCCGUUUCAUGGUCUGUGAAAGAUAGGCAUAUAAACAGAUUAUCAACUAAGGAAUGGAUGGACAUGAUGUUGGGUGCUGACUCAGAUCUCUCACUUCUAAGUGAAAACUUUAAUUCUCAAUUGAGCUUGAACAAUUGCCCUCCACUCAAUAGACCAGUUUAUUGCAAGAAGAACUUGAAACACAAAAAGGCACUUCAGGAACGUUUGUUCCCAGUAUCACCAGGAGAGAUAAAAUACAAUCCAGAUUCCCUCUGCCAGGAACUGUUUUCAGAACAUGAAGGACUGGAAGAGUUAAUGAAAGAACAAAUGUGCAAGGAAAAGUGUUCCCAAGGAGUACUGAUAUUUUCUAGAAGCUGGGCGGUUGAUAUUGGCUUACAGAAGAAUCAGAAGGUCCUUUGUGAUGCUCUUCUAAUAGCUGCUAACAGUUUCCCAGUGCUGUAUACAGUCCUCAGGGAACCAUUUCUUUAUGGAGAAGAUUAUUCCAGUCGUACUGCUUUUACACUAAAGCAGAAGUUGGUGAACACUGGUGGUUACACUGAAAGAGUAUGUAUUAUUCCCAAGGUUCUGGUCCUGAACUCUGGAAGGGAUGCUGAGAUUCCAGGUCAGCCCAUUCUUUACCCUUCAUUGUACAAAGUGACUAAGCAGGAAAUUACAAACCUGUUGCAGUCGCUGGUGAUUGUCUUGCUCAGCUUCAGGUCCUUUUUAAGUGACCUGGUUGGCCAUGAGGUUCUAAACUUACUCACAAUUGAACAGUAUAAUGUGGUUUCAAAGAACCUUCACAAGAGUCCAAUAUUGUUUGUCCACGGCUUUCCUGGAACAGGGAAGACAGUUAUCGCCAUGAAGAUGAUAGAGAAAAUAAAAAAUGAGUUCAGCUGUGAGAAAGAAGAGAUCCUCUAUAUCUGUGAAAAUCAACCCCUGAUGAAUUUCAUGAGAAAGAAAGAUAACUGUAAUGCUGUGACUCGAAAACGUUUCAUGUUAUCAACCUUCAAGGAAGUUAAGCACAUUAUCAUUGAUGAAGCUCAGAAUUUCCGAGAGGAAGAUGGCCCCUGGUAUGACAAGGCCUGGGAGAUCACUCAGAAAAAUGGGGUUUCCCAGGGGAUACUCUGGAUCUUCUUGGAUUAUUAUCAGACUAGUCAUGUAGAUAAUAGUGGCCUUCCACAUUGUCAGUACCCUCAAGAAUGGCUUACCAAUUUUGUCCGCAAUGCAGAUCCUAUAGUAGACUUUAUUAAACAAAAUAUGGAAAUGAUCAAAACACAUCUUCCAAUUAACAUCCCCUCAACAUCUUUGAGGAUGCUGGAUAAAGCUUGUUGGUCUUCAGGGGUUCCAGGUGUCUGUGAAAUUAGGAAGAACUUAACAAGGCAGCAGAUUGUGACCCAUGUAGCAGAAGAAUGCAAAAAACUGUUCCAAAUGGGUUAUUCUCCCAAAAAUAUCGCUAUUCUGGUCAGCACAUUGAAGGACAUAGAAGAUUAUAAAAAACUAUUAGAUCAAGCCACUAAGAAAAUCAGGGGACUCAAGAUCAGCUUUAAUUCCCAGGAAAGCAAUUGUAUCGUCCUUGACAGUAUUAGGCGCUUUUCAGGGCUGGAAAGGAAUAUCGUGUUUGGGCUCAAUCCUCAAACAGAAGUUUCGGAUGUUUCGUACAAUCUUUUGGUCUGUUUGGCAUCGAGAGCACUCACAUACCUCUAUAUCCUAUAUGAGGGGGAUGGAAUGGUGAAAUUUUGAAUUCUUCAGUAAGAAGUCCAAAUGGAGUCAGCCCCUCCAUCAUUCCAUCAUAAACAGGAACAUACAAACAGCAAGCUUGAGUAAAAGAAAAGGAAGUAAAAUAAAGAAUAUUCAUAAGAAAAUCACUUCUCUGCUGGGAUAGAAAGUCAAUUAGCCAAUAAACAUUUAUUAAAUGCCUAUUAUAUACCAAGGAGAGAAGAUGGGAUUUUUUGCUAUUGAAAAAUAAAAUAAAACAUAAUUUUGAAAAAAAAACGAAUCAAGGCCAAUUUUUUAUUUCAGUGUAAAUGGUGUCCUCAAAAGUCAUCACAGGAUAAAUCAAAACCAAGAGGCAAUGAUAGAUAUAGUUCAUUUAGAAUAACUACCAAAAAAUUUAAUGGAACUAUCAAGACAUGCUUGGAACUUUCAGAAAUACAAGUGCAAAAUGUGAAUGUUGAAAACUAUCAUUGUCAGUAUUUGGAAAAAACAAAACACACUAUUUCAAAAAACACUAUUUCAAGCAAUAAAGAAGAAAGAAAAGAAGUACAAGUGCAAAACACUAUGCAGAAAUAAAGAAAAAUGUUCCCUCUUGGCCACUCUCUCCCAGGAUCUCCUUCCUCCUGCCAAUCCCUGGAACCUGUCCAUGAUAAAUGUAUGAAACUCCACCCCAUUUGUAUCCUCUCUACCGCAGCUUUUCUCCUGUAUCUGCUUUCACUAGAUCCAGUUACUACUCUUGCUUAGAUCAGAGAUCAUAUUUAGAUUAUCCUUGUUUUCGAUGAUUACAAAAUCCUCAUCUCCAAGAAGAAUGGGAACCACUGAAUGAAAACUUAUGAAUUAAAGGAGUUUACUGGAUAUUGACCAUAUUUCCAUGAGCGAUACCACCAUAUCCCAGAGUGGUGUUUUUUUUCUUCUUCUUUUCUCCUUAGAUGAAGAAAUCAAACUAUAGUUUUAGUCAUUGGCUCUUUCUUAGAGCUCUCCAGGAACAGUCUUCUAUGGUUCUGAAUCCAAAAUUACUUUGGAAAAAACCAAAAACACUAAAAACCUGACUUCUAUUUGUAAAACAAAUCAACGGUUUCUAACUUGAGCUCUGACCUCUUGAAUUCCUGAAAUUGCAUGCUUGAGGUUCCCCAAGAGACCAACUGGGAAGAGGGCAGACUUUCUGGCACAUGCUGCAGUGAAGAAUUUUUGUUUAAAAGAAAAAAGAUAUAAAGAGAAGAAAUAUAAGUUUAGGAAAACUAAUCAAAAGAAUAUAAUGUAUACAAUGUUUCAAUUCUAAUUGUACAUCUGGGAAUACACAAUUUGUUUAGUUACUCCCCAAUCCAUGAGCAUCUAUUUUGUUGCCAAUUAUUUGCUACCACACACAAAAAAAUGCUAUUUUGGCAAAUAAAAGACUUUUUCUCAGUUACUUACUUAGGGGUAUAGGAUAAGCAGUAGAAUCUCUGAGUUAACACAUUUAUUUUUAAAAGAUUAGUAAGCAUUUAUUCUCUUUCCUUUCAAACCCACAACCAAAAACAAACAAACGAAAGACAAAGCCAAUCUUUGCAGAAAGAAAUAUAAUCAAACAAAACAAAUUUAAUUUUGGAUUGGCAAGAUCAAAAAUCAAAUGUCUCAUUUUGCAUCUUCAAUCACCACCUCUUUGUAAGGAGAUGUGUAGUAUGCUUUGUCAUCAAUCUUCUGUAAUCAUACUUGGUUGUUGUGUUGAUUAAACUUCUCAAGUCUUUCAGAGUUUUUUUUCCUUUAAAAAACUGUUACUGCAUAUAUUGUAUCUAGGAUACACUGCAAUAUAUCUAACAUAUAUAGCACUGCUUGCCAUCUAGGGGAGGGGGGGGGAGGGAGGGAGGGGAAAAAUCGGAACAGAAGCGAGUGCAAGGGAUAAUGUUGUAAAAAAAAUUACCCUGGCAUGGAUUCUGUCAAUAUAAAGUUAUUAUAAAAUAAAAUAAAUUAUAAAAAAAAUUAAAAAACUGUUACUGUUUAGAUGUUCUUCUGGUUCUACUCAUUUCCCUGUUACAGUCAUACAAGUCUUCCUACGUUUCUCUGAAACCAUGCUUUCUAUAAUUUCAUGUAGUGCAAUAGUAUUCCAUUUAUAUACACACUUAUGAACUCACUUACUUUCCAUUUCUUUGCCUUUAAAAAGAGAACUGCUAAAAAUAAAAUAAAAAUAAAAAUAACUGAUAUACA